CUGCACAUAAAGGAUAAUUUACCUUUGAAGGAUAAUAUUUAAUCAGAAGUUAAUAAAUUUGGAGGAUUGGCUUUUACUAAAACUAAGAUAGAAUAAAAGCAUAUUUUUAAGAAUUAAAUGUCUUGUAAAAUUUAGUAAUGUAACGAAAAAGAUAUUACGAGCUUUAUAAAAGAAUGGAUGUUUAAGUAGUUUAAAGAUGAGACUUUUUUAUAACUUUAGAAAGACUACGAAGCUGGAAUCCUCAAAAAGUAUGAAGAUCCUUACUUUCCACCUAACAAUGAAUCGCUUGGGUAAAAAAUUGUAAAAAAAUUCAAGGAUUUGGUUUGGAGAAGAGCUCCAGAGUUUAUUACUAACGUAGAAGUGCUAGAUUUAGAGGUAGAAUAGAAGGUUAAUUAGGGUAGAAUUGGUGAUUGUUAUUUACUUAAUCCAAUAGGACUACUAGGAUUAAUUCAAAAAAAUAUGAUCUCAAGAUUAUUUACCAUAAAGGAGCCAAAUUAGAUAGGAUAUUAUAGUGUUUGGUUAUUUAUUGAUGGAAAAUGGCAAUAUAUUACUGUGGAUGAGAGCUUUCCUUGGUGGAUAACUAGAAAAAAACCUUAUUUCUGUGAUAUUGUUAAUGAAAAUCAAAUAUGGGCGAUGAUUAUUGAGAAAGCAUGGGCAAAACUGCAUGGAGAAUACAGUCGUCUUUGGGGAGGCGAUACUGGAUUGGCAUUCAGAGUUAUAACAGGAGCUCCUACUAAAUCAUAUGGACUAAAAAAAUAUAGAAAAGAUCCAAGAAAGAAAGAAUAUAUUUACAAACAAAUUGAUAUGCACUUAAGUCAAGGACAUUUAAUUUCUGUUACUACAGGUGCUUUGGAUGACUAUGGAAAAUCUAUUAUGACUUAAGGACAUAGCUAUGCCUUGAUAGGAUACAAAAAAGAAGAAAAUAAAUACAUAAUUAGAGAUCCAAGAGGUCCCACUAAUGUCUUUGGCAAAGAAAUUUACGAAAUAGAUUAAGUUGAGUUGAUAUACCUAUUUUAGUGCGUGAUUGUAUGUCUUUUACAUCCCGAAUAUGUUUUCACUUAGCAUGAAUUGGUGUUUGAAGAUGAACAGUCUAAAUCUGAAAGGCUUUUUAAAAUGAAAGUUGAAAAAAAAAUGAAAUUUCACAUUAGCUUUUUCUAGCCAAAUAAAAGAUUUUUUAAAACUUAAGAUAAGAAACAAAAACAUAAACUAAGCAAAAUAACUGCUAAAGUUCUAAAAAUUGAUUCAAAGGAUGGAAUUAUAACAAAAGCAAAAACCUUAUCUUAGAGGAAUGGCAAGAGUUAACAAAUAGAUUUAGAACUUAAUUUAAAUAAAGGAAAUUAUUAUGUGUAUUGUUUAGCUGAAUGGAAUAGUUCUAUAUUUCGUAAAAUUAAUAUUUGCUCUUAUGGUUAGUAUUUUGUAGAGUUUACAGAUCUUACUUCUGAUAAAAAAUUGUGUUAGUUAAAGGAGUUUUUAGAAAUUUAAAGGUAAAAAAAAGAAGAGUAAAAAAAAUGCAAAAAAAGCAAAUAACUAAAACAAAAUAACAUUUCAUAAAAUAAAUUAAAUUAAGAAGUUGAAAUAUCAAAUUAGUAAAUAACUGAUUAGGAUAAUCUAAAAAAAGAACAGCAAUAAUAGAUUAAAUAAAAUUUAGAUUAGUAAACUUAAAAAAAUGAAAAUGAAACAAAAAUUAAUUUACAAUAGAUAAGGUAAACAAAUUAAGCAUAAAGAAAUGAUAAAAAAGCAGAUACCAAGCAAAAUGCAUAAUAAUGUAAAAAAAAUGAAACUAAAUCAGGUGAAAAAGCAGAUAAUAAACUAAAUGAGAUAGAUGAAAAAAAAUAAUCAAGCAGUGUUUCUAUUAGUAAAUCUAAUAAAUUAAAUUUAACUGAGGAAAAUGUAUCUUAAAUAUUAAAUAUUUCAUCUCAAGAAAAUAAACAUAAAACAAAUCUUUUUAAUAUCUAAGUUGAUUAGAAUUAGAAUACAAUCCCCUCUUUAAAUAAAUUAGAAAAUUCUUCCUCUAAUUAAAAUGCAGCAACCACUAAUAUUUUACUUUCUUCAGCAACUACUUCUAUUUAAUUGUAAAGAAAAAAUUAGAUAAAAAGUAAAACUUUAUUGAGCCAAAAAAGAUAUUCUCUCAACAAAAGUCAAAAUAGAGUUUAUGCUGCUUAAGAAACAAAUCCUGAGCAGUCCCAAUCAAAGAAUUAGGAAAUUCAAUAAUUAUUGUAAGGUAAUAAUAAUAAUUAAAAAGAUUUACAGAUGAAUAGAGAUUAGAAAAGCUAUCUUAAUUCUAAUAAUCAUCAGAAUCUUCAAAAGCAGAAGCUAUCUGUAAUAAUCAAGGAUAGAAGAUCACUUAAUUUAGUAAAUAACUAAAACUAAUAAAAUGAAAUUUUAUAAUUAGCAAAUCUCUAAUCCUAAAAAUUGCACGAAUAAAAAAUAGACUAAAAAACAAUUAAAGAAAAUAGAUGUUUAAAUAUACUUCCCCCUUUAUGUCCUUCUCCAUAGAUUAAAAAUUAUUGUCAAAACAAUUAUUAAAAUUCAAAGUAUCUUUCAAUGACUGAUUAAAAAAUAAAUAAAAAAAAUAAAUAGUUUUUAUAAUCAUCAGAAAAUAAAAUGAAUUAAAUGAUUAUAAACACUAAUUCUUCCAUAAACACUUAAACACAUAACUUAAAUAUUACUGAGUAGCUAAAUCAUCAAUACGCUCAAAAAAAUGUAGAAAAAAGUAUUCUUAAAAGUAUUAACUUGUUUAAUUAAUUAACUGACAUCAAAAAUGCUUCUAGCACAUUGCCUUUUAAAGAAAAGUAAGGUUAAAAAAAUAACUCUGUUGUGAAAUCAAAUAGAUAAUUAGCUGGGAACAAUUACUUGUAAAAUAAAUCUUAUUUGAAGCAAAAAGACUGA